GCUAGCGACAGCAAACGGCUACCUGCACCUGCUUCCUAUCCGUAUGCUGCUGCGAUCUACACAGUGGGGCCUGAACUGGCGAAUCUGCGGCUGCCUGUUUGCUAGCUCCGUUAGCAAGGAGGGAUAGCAGCUGUCACGCUCCCCAGUUGAAAUCGUGCUGGGUUUGCUGCCGCUCAGAGUUCAUGUUUUUAGUCCGCUCAUUGAUCAAAAUGAGUCACAACCCUUUGUUGAGGCUGGAGCAGCGGGCAGCUGAGGCCGAUCAGCUCAUUGAGUACCUCAAACAGCAAGUCCAGCUACUGAAGGAGAAAGCCAUUCUCCAGGCCAGCGUCAGAGAGGAGAAGAAACUGAUGGUGGAAAAUGCCAAAUUAAAGAACGACAUAGAGGAACUUAAAAAGCAGCUGCUGGAGAAAGAAAAGAGAAGAGGAGUGCUUGAUGUUCCCAUGCCAUCAAGUGCCACCACUGUCGAGUGCAAUUCAAAGCCCACUCCUCCUAAACCCUCUGGUCCAGCGCCUUCUGGUUCAGCACCAUCUGUUGCUGCCGUCAAGGACAUCUCUCCUAAAGAUGAGGCUAAAAAGAAGAAGCCUGAGAAAAAAGGAGAGAAAGCUGAGAAGAAACAGGCUGCCCCCAGCCAAGAGGAUGCCAAGGUGGAUGUGUCUCGUCUGGACCUGCGUAUCGGCCGUAUAAUCACAGCAGAGAAGCACCCGGACGCUGACAGUCUGUAUGUGGAGCAGGUUGAUGUGGGAGAGGCUGCCCCCAGAACGGUGGUCAGCGGACUGGUCAAGCACAUAUCUCUGGACCAGAUGCAGAACCGCAUGGCAGUCCUGCUGUGCAACCUGAAGCCAGCCAAGAUGAGAGGAGUAGUGUCCCAGGCUAUGGUCAUGUGCGCCAGCUCGCCGGAUAAGGUUGAAAUUCUUGAUCCUCCUAGCGGAGCAGUGCCGGGUGACAGAGUUACUUUCCAGGGCUUUCCAGGUGAACCUGAUAAAGAGCUAAACCCCAAGAAGAAGGUGUGGGAGCAGGUUCAGCCAGACCUGCGCACUGACGACCAGUGCGUCGCAACCUACAAGGGAGCUGCGUUUGAAGUCGCUGGUAAAGGAGUGUGCAAAGCUCAAACAAUGAGCAACAGUGGAAUCAAGUAAACUAACAGAGCUGCUAGAGAAAAAAACCCUCAGUGUUUACUUUGCAAUCAUCUUCAGUGAUGGAUGGUGGAAAUGGAAGUAAAUGCUUUGAAGAUGUUCAAUAAAGGGGAUUUGAAAAGUC